AAGACAAAUUUGUUAGAAAAAAAUUAAAAGAAGUCUGUUUAUUCUUUCUCUUCACAUACCGCCGCCGUCCUCCGCCGUUCUCCGCCUCUGUAUGUUUUUUCUUGAUAAUUGAGGAGAAGUUGGCUAAGGCAAUGGAAGAAAACAAGAGGAAGAAGAAGAGAGCUCAUGUGCUAACUAGAAGAAGAGAUGAACAACAUCUCUCUAAUUAUAAAGAUAAUGUGGAUGGAGAAAAAGAGAAUAAAUCUGCAAAGAGGAAGAAAAGGAAAGAUGUCAGACUUGAUGAAACUGAAAGUUUGGAAAUUGAUCAAUCUAAUGAAAGAGAGGAUGCACUUGGUCAAGAAAAUAAUGUAUCCGCUAUGAAAAGGAAAUCCAGAAAGAAGAAGCAAAAAAGUGAGAAGAAAGUACAGAGGAAUGAGACUGUUGAUCAUUAUGUUGAGGCUAACAAUGAUUCAGAUCAGAAAAGUGAGAAGGAUCAUUCACUCACAAUAACGCCGGACAACCUGGUGGAAAAGAGAGGACAAGCAGGAGAGGAAGAGAUUGAUGAACUAUCUUCUGGCGAUGAGGAUUGCUCGAAAGGAAUGAGAAAGUGGGUACUCGAUUAUGACCAGAGUAGGCCUGGGUUGAAGGUGUUGCAAGAAAGAAUUGAUGAGUUUAUUACUUCUUAUGAGGCAAAAAAGGAACAGGAAAGGAAAGAAAAAGAAGCCCUUGCUGCAGAAGAUGGCUGGACUGUUGUCGUACAUCACAAAGGAAGGAAAAAGACAACUGAUUCUGAAACUGGAAUUGCAGUUGGUUCUGUUUCCCAAGCUGCAGUCAUGGAUAAUAUGGACAAAAAGAAAAAUAAAGAUGUGGGUUUAGAUUUCUACCGGUUUCAGAAAAGAGAAGCUAAGAGAAAUGAGAUCAUGGUGCUGCAGACCAAAUUUGAGCAGGACAAGAAACGGAUACAGCAGUUGAGAGCUGCAAGAAAAUUUCGACCUUACUAAUACUACUUCUUGAAGGGAGUUGUUAUAAGCUAGAAAAGAGAGGAUCGGAAGGUUUAGGGAAAAAGGGGUUCCAAUGAAAACCACAUUACCUUAACUUGAGAACAUAUUCAUUUACUAUGGUUUUAGUUUCCGAGCUCAUCAAUUAUUUUAUCAGGUAACUCCAUCCAUAAAAAAUGCACAUGAAUUUUGUCAUAGAGGCAGGCGACUUUGCGAUUAAUAUGAUAGACUGUAGAUGUCAUCGCAUCUAUAUAUGGAUAUUGAAAUAUGUAUUGAUUUAUCUACUGAAAGUGCAUGGUUUUUUUGUUAA